AAAUGAUGUUCCCCGGUACAAAUGUUUAAUGUUAAUGUCACUUAUCGGACCCUAUCACUUCAUGUUGGUCAAACUAAAUCCAUGCAAACCGAAACAUUUGUGUAGCAAUGUAACAAUAAUUGAAAAGAAAACAUCAUGAGCGUUUUUUUCAAGGUAUUCUAAAGCUAUAUAAUGCAGUUCUUACUUGACCAGACCCUUGUAUGAAACUCGGUUGGAACCCAGUUUAAAAUAAUCCCAAAUGUCAAGUCUGGGAUUAAAGUAACAUGGCAUCAUGCAUUUUUAUGAUUUAAUGACCUGGCAUCAUGCUUUUUUGCAGACCGUUGAACACAUGAAUUUAAGAUUUAUGAUAGUCGUAUUAAUGUGGAUUGGGAUUGAAAGAAUUUCAACAUAGAAACUGUUUAGGGUUUGCCAAAAUCUUUCACUAAACUUGCUUAUCCUGCUUUCCAGGUUAUGACAAAGAUUUAGGAUUACUGCAAAUAAAUUGAUUAAAAAGAUAAUUCCUUUCAAGUGUAAGGAGUCCUGCAACACCCUUCCGAACAUGUCUGCUCACAUUCCGUGUUCCCAUGUGACCGAGUAAAAAUGCCUGACUUUGUUGGAGAGAGGUCUUCUGUUAUUGGUUUAUUGAUAGUACUUUAUUUGAACAAUCAUUACUCUAUUUCUACUCCAUGUUGUCCUCCUCGUAUGUUCCUAUAGCAUAGGGUUGUAACUUGAGAGCAAAUGACAGCUGCUACAGCACUAUUUGAUCCAUGACCUCUUGUCUUGAAAAUUAAAAUCUGCUCCCACCUAGUGGUGUUUACACAAAAUGACAGCUUUGAAUGUCCUGCCUGAUAAAAUAAUUUCAGGUCUUUGGAAUUCCAUUUGGCCCUUUUCCAACAUCUUCCAUUCCUCCUUAACAUGUAUGUUUUUCCAUUGCAGCGUGAGUGUAUUUCUGUUCACGUGGGGCAAGCUGGCGUGCAGAUGGGCAACACCUGCUGGGAGUUGUACUGCUUGGAGCACGGCAUCCAGCCCGAUGGCAGAAUGGCAGAGAAAAAGCAUGACGAGUCCUUCACCACCUUCUUCAGUGAGACCGGCGGUGGGAAGUACGUCCCAAGGGCCAUCUUCGUCGACCUGGAACCCACCGUGAUUGAUGAGGUGCGUACAGGAACCUACCGCCAGCUCUUCCACCCCGAGCAGCUCAUCUCUGGGAAAGAGGACGCAGCAAAUAACUACGCCCGCGGCCACUACACAAUCGGCAAGGAGAUCAUCGACUCUGUCCUGGACAGAAUCCGCAAACUGUCUGAUCAGUGCACAGGUCUCCAAGGAUUCCUGGUUUUCCAUUCCUUCGGCGGCGGUACCGGUUCUGGGUUCACUUCUCUCCUGAUGGAGCGGCUCUCUGUCGACUUUGGGAAGAAGUCCAAGCUUGAGUUUGCCAUCUACCCAGCGCCCCAGGUGUCCACAGCUGUAGUGGAGCCCUACAACUCCAUCCUGACCACCCACACCACCCUGGAACACUCGGACUGUGCCUUCAUGGUGGACAAUGAAGCCAUCUACGAUAUCUGCCGCAGGAACCUCGACAUCGAACGCCCAUCCUACACCAACCUCAACAGGCUCAUUAGCCAAAUCGUGUCCUCAAUCACCGCCUCACUUCGCUUCGAUGGUGCCCUGAACGUCGACCUGACAGAGUUCCAGACCAACUUGGUGCCCUACCCUCGUAUCCACUUCCCAUUGGCCACCUAUGCUCCAGUCAUCUCUGCGGAGAAGGCCUACCACGAGCAGCUCUCUGUGGCAGAGAUCACCAACGCCUGCUUUGAGCCAGCCAACCAGAUGGUGAAAUGUGAUCCUCGCCAUGGUAAAUACAUGGCCUGCUGUCUGCUGUACCGAGGUGACGUGGUGCCUAAAGACGUCAACUCCGCCAUCGCUGCCAUCAAGACCAAAAGAUCCAUCCAGUUUGUGGACUGGUGUCCCACAGGCUUCAAGGUUGGCAUCAACUACCAACCACCAACUGUGGUUCCAGGAGGAGAUCUGGCCAAGGUCCAGAGGGCUGUGUGCAUGCUGAGCAACACCACUGCCAUUGCUGAAGCCUGGGCUCGUCUCGACCACAAGUUUGACCUGAUGUACGCCAAGAGGGCCUUUGUCCACUGGUAUGUUGGGGAGGGCAUGGAGGAAGGAGAGUUCUCAGAGGCCAGAGAAGACAUGGCCGCUCUGGAGAAGGAUUAUGAAGAGGUGGGCAUUGACUCGUUUGAGGAGGAUGAGGAAGGAGAGGAAUAUUAGCAAGCUUAGAUAUGUCUUUAGUAGCUGUUGAAACAAAAUUAUAUCUUAUAACUAUCUUCGUUGAAUCUCAAGUAAAUGGGCGACUGGGUUUAAAAACAACUUUGAUUUUCUUCAUCUUUUGUUUUGGCAUGAAAUAUUUCUGAAAAUGCAGUCAAGGUGGUUUUGUUUCAGUUAUUGUAUUUUUUUUUUUUUUACAAGCUUUAUUUCAGAAUAGCAUUUUUUGAUUUGUUUAAUUUUCCCUCUGGGGGACCUCAAUAAAAUGAUCUUGAUUCAU